UUACUACCUUUUUUUCCUACCAUUUAUAAAUACCCGACCAAAUGACUUUUAUUUCAUCUAUCUCAUUCUUUUCAUUUUUAAUACCACAAAAUCUUUUGUUCCCAUCAUUAUAUCUUAUAGUCUAAGUGAAGACUUAUGAAUCAAGAAUAUUAACAACCCAAUUUGUUUGCUUUACAGCCUUUUUCUCUCUUUUGUCUUUGCUCUUUCCCUGCAAAAAUUUAAGCAAUCAUCAAAUUUCUUGAUAUUUUAUUUUCUUUCUUCAUUACAAACUUUUUCUUGCUUGUUUUUAAAAAUCAGACUAAUACCCAGUUCACAAAAUGCAGAAUCUGAGAUGGGUUUUGAAGUUCUUGCUGAUUCUGUCAUUUUUCAGUCAGCUGUCAGAAUGUGAAAGUCCUGAUGCAAUAAGUUCAGGUUGUAAUGCAGCUGAUAGAGCUGCACUUUUAAGCUUUAAAUCGAAGAUUUCGAAAGAUACGACGGGCAUACUCGAAUCAUGGGUGGGCACAGAUUGCUGUGGAGGAAGCUGGGAAGGUGUUCAAUGUAAUCCAUCUACUGGAAGAGUUACUGCAUUGGAGCUGCAGAAACCUUCUGAUAGUGACAGUGAAAUUGCUGAUGGUAUUUUUAUGGAGGGAACACUGUCACCUGCUUUAGGUAACUUGCAAUUCCUUGAAGUGUUAGUGAUCAGUGGUAUGAAGUACAUUAGAGGAAACAUUCCUGAUACAUUAUCCAACUUAAGACACUUAUCUCAGCUUGUCCUUGACAGCAAUUCGCUUUUAGGACUUAUCCCUUCCGGCAUUGGCCGUUUGCCUUCUCUUAAAACAUUAAUCUUAGACGGCAACCGCCUUACAGGUUUAAUGCCACCCAGCUUAGGAAAUCUUAAGGGCCUUCUCCAACUGAAUUUAGGUAAAAACUACCUUGCUGGUCCUAUCCCACUUACUUUUAGAAACCUUCAGAGUUUGCAGUUUAUUGAUCUUAGCAACAAUUUAUUAUCUGGGGUAAUCCCUGAUUUUGUUGGACAGUUUCAUAAUCUGACAUUCAUCAAUCUUUCUCAUAAUAAGCUCUCUGGUUUAAUACCCAUAUCACUUUGCAGUCUUAAUGCACUUUCAGAUGUUUCCCUGAGUGACAACCAGCUCACAGGAAGGAUUCCUGAGAGAAUUGGUGGUCUUAAAUCACUCACCAGUCUUUCCCUUAGUAAUAAUCAUCUUACAGGUCCAAUUCCUGAAUCUGUUGCUAGAUUAGAGAAUUUAUGGUACCUUAAUUUAUCAAGAAACGCGCUCUCGAAUCCUCUGCCAAGUACCCUUUCCAAAGGCUUGCCAUCUUUGUUGUCAAUUGAUCUGUCUUACAACAGUUUCAGCUUAGGGACAGUUCCUGAUUGGAUCAGGAGCAGAGCACUUACUGCUGUCCAUUUAGCUGGUUGUAAUCUUAAAGGAACUCUUCCAACUUUCAAAACACCUACCUCUUUAACCUCCAUAGAUUUCUCCAAUAACCAUUUCACUGAUGGUAUCUCUAGUUUUUUGACAAAAAUGCCCAACUUGAAUUCUCUCAAGCUUUCCAAUAACAAACUCAAGCUCGACGUUUCUAGCAUUGUCUUGCCAAGAGGGAUAUCUUCUAUUGAUCUCAGCGCGAACCAGCUCUUUGGUCCUCUUUCCGCUAUUCUCAAUGAUCACACUAGUAGUUUUCUUGAAGUUAUUGAUGUCUCAAGGAACAUAAUCUCUGGCACUAUUCCUGAAUUUAAGGAAGGGUUGGCCUUGAAAGUACUCAACAUUGGAAGUAACAAGAUUACAGGACAUAUACCAACCUCAAUCUCAAACUUGAUUGAGCUACAAAGGUUUGAUAUAUGCCGGAAUCGAAUUUCUGGGAUCAUUCCAUCCAGUUUAGGCCUACUGGUGAAGCUGCAAUGGCUGGACUUGUCUAUCAACAGCCUCACAGGAAAAAUUCCAAACAGCUUGCUUGGAAUAAAAAACCUCAGGCAUACAAGUUUUAGAGCAAACAGAUUGUGCGGAGCUAUACCACAGGGCAGACCUUUCAAUAUCUUUCCUGCAUCAGCUUAUGCGCACAACCAGUGCUUGUGUGGUAAACCCCUGCAUCCUUGCAAGGGGAAAAACCCACCUCAAAUAAGCCAGUAACAAGCUGACUCUUAAUAAACAGACGCACUGUAAUUUCAAUCUUUACUAACUGCCAACAUGAUGCUUUUCAUGUAGCAGUGUACCAGAUAGGCUUUUUAUUUCUUAGAUUUUCACCCACAUUCUUUUCCUGAUGCUUGCCUCACAAGCAUCCUACAUUGUACUUUUAUUCGAGUUUCGAGUAUAGCAUUAUCUAUUUCGCGUUCAAAACAUUGUAUUGCGCAGAAUCUGCGCGUCUUUGUAAGGCUAAUAGUCACUAUACAAGCCAUAUACCUUCUUGGUACAAUGGUACUUAGUUCAGACUUUCA